AUGAGAUUUCUUAUUUGCUCUGUAACCGGUUGUAGUUGUAAAUGUUUCGCAACUAAUCAAGAUGAUGCUUCUUCGACAUGCGCCGAAUGUAAUCACGAUAAAGAAGAACACGUCUCAAAUGAUACUGGAUGUUCUGAACCAUCUUGUAGUUGUGAAUUAUUUAAACCGAGUUAUGAGGAAUCAAGUUGCUCUGUAUGUAAACACGGUGAAAAAGCUCAUACGCGAAUUAUUGGGGAAGUAGCGGAUGAAGUUUCCACCACGCCACCUCCCCCUUCAACCAUCAAAAGGGAACAAUUAACCGCGCCAGAAGGGACGAUUUGGUUUUACAAUCGCGAGGACCCGUAUUUUUUUCUAACAAAUUUUAUUGAGGGAUACCCAAUUAAAGCGGCAUUACCAGACACAAUUUGCGAAGGAGGAGAUGGUGAAAAUUCAUCAAAUAACAAUAACAACAAUAAUGGCACAACAUCUUCAUCGGCUACGAUAGCACAGCGUUAUCCAUAUUACUCGCAAGAAAAAUUAUGGCCGACCAGCGAACAUUUAUUUCAGGCAAUGAAAUUUAAAGACACAAACCCUGAUGUCGCAGAACGAAUUCGUCGAUGUAGAAGCCCACGAGAGGCAUUGAAUAUGGCACGUAGACAUCAAGAAUAUGUGGAUCCGAAAUGGCAAGAGAGAAAUGUGGAUGCGAUGCUUUGGGUGGUGAAGCAGAAAUUUUUUCAGCAUCGUAUUCUCGCUCAAUAUUUGUUGGAAACAGGGGAUCUUAAGCUAGUUGAACAUACGGAGCUGGAUAAAUUUUGGGGUGAUGGUGGAGAUGGAACUGGACAAAAUAAGCUAGGGAAAGUAUUAAUGAAAGUAAGGGAAUUAUUACGCCAAAAAUGGGAUAAAAGAGGACAAAAUUGGCAGUCACCAUCUGGAAACAAUCGUAUAGUAAAUAGACAGAAUCCUCUUCCAGUUCCGCCAAAAAAGGAUUCACGUAUAGUCAUAUCCAAUCGAACACAUUUUGAAGUACCAUUGUCACCUCCAACACCACCACCACAUCUCAUUUUACCCCAACGAACAAAUGAUCUUAAUCUAUUGCCAAUACAUACACUACAAACUACACAAACUUUUUUUAUUCAUACAGACAAUAAUAGGGAGGAAAACUUAACAGAAAAAAUUCAUUUGUAA